CCUUCCUCCUUUGCAAGGGCUGGUAACUUGUUGUGCGGAGCGAGCGGCGGCACCAUCCAGGCGGGCACCAUGGGCACGUCCGCGCGCUGGGCGCUCUGGCUGCUGCUCGCGCUGUGCUGGGCGUCCGGGGAGAGCGGCACCAACGGAGCGGGGAAAAAAGGCAAAUGUGAUUCCUCCCAAUUCCAGUGCACAAAUGGCCGCUGUAUUACAAUGUUGUGGAAAUGUGACGGGGAUGAAGACUGUGCUGAUGGCAGUGAUGAAAAGAAUUGUGAAAAGAAGACAUGUGCUGAGUCUGACUUUGUGUGCAACAAUGGCCAGUGUGUUCCCAGCCGAUGGCAAUGUGACGGCGACCCAGACUGUGAGGAUGGUUCUGAUGAAAGCCCUGAACAGUGCCAUAUGAGAACAUGCCGCCUAAAUGAAAUCAGCUGUGGCACCAGUUCUACUCAGUGUAUCCCAGUGUCCUGGAGAUGUGAUGGUGAAAAUGAUUGUGACAGUGGAGAAGAUGAAGAAAACUGUGGUAAUAUAACAUGCAGUGCGGAUGAGUUCACAUGCUCCAGUGGCCGCUGCAUCUCCAGGAACUUUGUAUGCAAUGGCCAAGAUGACUGUAGUGAUGGUAGUGAUGAGCUUGACUGUGCCCCACCCACCUGUGGAGCCCAUGAAUUCCAGUGCAGCACCUCCACCACCUUCUGCAUCCCCCUCAGCUGGGUGUGUGAUAAUGAUGUCGACUGCUCAGACCUGUCAGACGAGACCCUGGAAGAGUGUGGCCGCCAGCUAGUGAUGCACACCAAGUGCCCAACCAGUGAGAUCCAGUGUGGCUCUGGCGAGUGCAUCCACAAGAAGUGGCGAUGUGAUGGUGAUCCUGACUGCAAGGAUGGCAGCGACGAGGUCAACUGUCCUUCUCGAACCUGCCGACCUGACCAGUUUGAGUGUGAGGAUGGUAGCUGCAUCCAUGGCAGCCGGCAGUGUAAUGGCAUCCGAGAUUGUGUGGAUGGAUCCGAUGAAGUCAACUGCAAAAAUGUUAAUCAGUGCCUAGGCCCUGGAAAAUUCAAGUGCAGAAGUGGAGAAUGUAUUGAUAGCAGCAAAGUAUGUAACCAGGAGCAGGACUGCAGGGACUGGAGUGACGAGCCCCUGAAAGAAUGUCAUGUAAAUGAAUGCUUGGUUAAUAAUGGUGGAUGUUCCCACAUCUGUAAAGACCUAGUUAUAGGUUAUGAAUGUGAUUGUGCAGCUGGGUUUGAACUGAUCGACAGAAAAACCUGUGGAGAUAUUGAUGAAUGCCAAAAUCCAGGAAUCUGCAGUCAAAUUUGCAUCAACUUAAAAGGCGGUUACAAAUGUGAAUGUAGUCGUGGCUAUCAAAUGGAUCUUGCCACUGGUGUGUGCAAGGCAGUAGGCAAAGAGCCAAGUCUGAUCUUUACCAACCGAAGGGACAUCAGGAAGAUUGGCUUAGAGAGGAAAGAAUAUAUCCAACUAGUUGAACAGCUGAGAAACACUGUGGCCCUGGAUGCAGACAUUGCUGCUCAGAAAUUGUUCUGGGCUGAUCUGAGCCAAAAGGCCAUCUUCAGUGCCUCAAUUGAUGACAAGGUUGGUAGACAUGUUAAAAUGAUCGACAAUGUCUAUAAUCCUGCAGCCAUUGCUGUUGAUUGGGUGUACAAGACCAUCUACUGGACUGAUGCGGCUUCUAAGACUAUUUCAGUAGCUACCCUAGAUGGAACCAAGAGGAAACGCCUGUUUAACUCUGACUUGCGAGAGCCUGCCUCCAUAGCUGUGGACCCAUUGUCUGGCUUUGUUUACUGGUCAGAUUGGGGAGAACCAGCCAAAAUAGAAAAAGCAGGAAUGAAUGGAUUUGAUAGACGGUCAUUGGUGACAGUGGAUAUCCAAUGGCCCAAUGGAAUUACACUUGACUUAAUAAAGAGUCGUCUCUACUGGCUUGAUUCCAAGUUGCACAUGUUAUCCAGUGUGGACUUGAACGGCCAAGAUCGCAGGAUAGUCCUAAAGUCUCUGGAGUUUCUCGCUCAUCCUCUCGCACUAACAAUAUUUGAGGACCGUGUCUUCUGGAUAGAUGGGGAAAAUGAAGCUGUCUAUAGUGCCAAUAAAUUCACUGGAACAGAACUGGCCACACUAGUCAACAACCUUAACGAUGCCCAAGACAUUAUUGUCUACCAUGAGCUUGUACAGCCAUCAGGCAAAAAUUGGUGUCAAGAAGACAUGGAGAAUGGAGGAUGUGAAUACUUAUGCCUGCCAGCACCACAAAUUAAUGAUCACUCUCCUAAAUAUACCUGUUCCUGUCCCAAUGGAUACAAUCUAGAAGAAAAUGGCCAGGGUUGUCAAAGUACUGCAACUACUGUGACUUACAGUGAAACAAAAGAUACCAACACAACAGAAAUUUCACCAACUAGUGGACUAGUUCCUGGAGAGAUCAAUGUGACCACAGCAGUAUCAGAGGUCAGUGUCCCCCCGAAAGGGACUUCUGCUGCCUGGGCCAUCCUUCCCCUCUUGCUUUUAGCAAUGGCAGCAGUGGGAGGCUACCUGAUGUGGCGGAAUUGGCAACAUAAAAAUAUGAAAAGCAUGAACUUUGACAAUCCUGUCUACUUGAAGACCACAGAAGAAGACCUAUCAAUAGACAUUGGUAGACACAGUGCUUCUGUUGGACACACUUACCCAGCAAUAUCAGUUGUAAGCACAGAUGAUGAUCUAGCUUGACUUCUGAAACAAGUCUUGACCUUUGAGGUCUAAAACCAAUAUCCCACUUCGGAAUGGUAACCAAGCCAGCAGCUGAAGUCUCUUGCUUCAUCCAGCCCAGAAGAACGUCAAGAUAUCUGUGUGGAUCAAGCUUGACCAUUAUAUAUACACACAUGUGUAUGUGUGUAUAUAUAUAUAAUACUUUUGUAAAUAUCCCGUCCAUAUUCUACUUCAGCUUUGGAUGUGGUUACCAAAUAUCUGUAAACCUUGAAUAUCUAGACAGUAUUGCCACCUCUGGCCAAAUAUGCACUUUCCCUAGAAAGCCAUAUUCCAGCAAUGAAACUUGUUCUAUAAUGUAUACCACCUGUACAUACACUGUAUAGGCCAUCUGUAAAUAUCCCAGAGAACAAUCACUAUUCUUAAGCACUUUGGAAAUAUUUCUAUGUAAAUUAUUGUAAACUUUUUCAAUGGUUGGGACAAUGGCAAUAGGAUAAAACGGGUUACUAAGAUGAAAUUGCCAAAAAAAAAUUUCUUAACUAAUUUUGUACGUAUGAAUGAAAUCUUUGACCUCAGUGGAGGUUUACAAAGACUGAGUGUUCAAACUAUUGUACAUUUUUUUCAAGUGCUAAAAAAAAUUAAACCAAGCAGCUUAACCAUGGUUUGUGCCUAUUCCUCCAGGAUAAACUCCUAUAAAAUAGUUUAGCAGUGUUGUGUUCUAACUUAAUAUGUGAGCUGUAGGUCUUGAUGUUGUAUAACCAACGCUAUAAUUUGGCUUAUUUCUCUAACAGUCAAGUACUAAUAUAUUGAAUUAUUUUCUCCCCAGCUAUUUUUCAUAAAAGAACCCAGUUUAGCAUACCUUAAAUACCUCUGACUUAAAUCCUUUUUCAUUAAUAUCCUAAGAUUUCUAUCAAUUGUUCUUUAUACUCAUCUGUUUUCUAUACUGUGUCAUUUCACAUGAACAAGUGCCUUCUAAGGCAUGCAAAAGAAAUUUCUUGUUUUAAAUGUCAAGAUAGUCUAUUAUCAGGAGGUCUAGGGCUAGGGAAGGAUAACAGCUAGCAUCAAUCCUGAACAAUCUACUAAAUCCUUGGGUUCUCUGUGUGGUCUGAAGACCACAGCAUCAACAUCACCUAAAAACUAAUUAGAACUGCAAAUUCUCAGGUCUGUUUUCCACACCUGCUAAAUCAAAUUCUAGGGGUGGUAUCCCAGAGUAUGUAUUUUUACAGUGCUUCAGGGGAUUCUGAUAUAAAUUAAAGUUUAAAAACCAUCAUUCUAAUAUGACUUCAUGAGGAAUGCACGCUAGCUCCUAAUUCUUCAGUCUAGCUGACAGAGAAAGUUCUGUAGACAAUAACAGUAGUGUUUAGUGUGAACAGUAUAUAAGAAGUGUGGAUAGAAGGAAAAGCAGUGCAGGAUAGUUAUGAGAGUGUUUAGUGUAAAAAAGUAUAUAUGAAGUGUGGAUAGGAGAAAAAGCAGUGCAGGACUGUUUUCCAUCAGAUUGGCAUAACUUGUUUUCUCUAAAGUCUCAGGAUAGCAAGGAAAGAUACAGGACCUAGGAGGAGGAUCUUAAGUGCACAGUGAGGAGUGGAGUUCACUGAAGAAAAUGAGAUUCUACCAGGGAUUAACUGACCAUUUCAGUAGCAAAAGAAUGAAGAGAAGGAACCAAAGAGACAGCACAGGAUGCUUGCCUUGUAAUGUAGCCAACCAGGGUUUGAUCCCCAACAUCUCAUAAGGUUCCCUGAGCACCACCAUGAGUAAUUCUUGAGUGCUGAGCCAGGAGUAACCCCUGAGCCUCACUAGGUGGGUGACCCCAAAACAAAGACAAGAGAAGAUGUUUUGAGUAGUUAAAUGGGCCCAUGAGUGACUCAUAUUCCGCUUGCAUAUGGUUUAUGAGUCAGCUGACAUCAUGCGGAAGCAGGGAAACCAAUAAUCAUAAAGACAUUGCUUCUAUCAUCUUGGUUUUGUUCAAAUAGAAGAAAGUGAGUAGAUAGGUGUGGACCUUUUUCUUUUUUAUGGUAGGUGUGAAGGUCAAGCAGAAGCAAAAAGGCUUAGUCAUGGAAGUAAGGAGCUCUGCUUUCCACCUGUUGCUUACUCUACAAAUAGUUACCACACUAAACAAGAUGUAGCCUGCUGACAUGGGGUGGUUGGAGUAGAUAUUUGAUAUGUAGGUUGGUACUCACCAAACCUGGAAGGAUAUUUGACUGGUAUUUUGGAAUGCUACAAGAUUUCCUCCUAGGAAGCUCAAAGGUAUCAAUGUUUCCUCCAUUACAAGAAUUACACACUAUUACUUACAAGGUUCAAAGCCACAAUUAUAGAGAACAAAAUAAAGUAUUAGUCUCUGUCCUCUUUUAGAUUCCAUUCCCUGAUACUUUCUGAUUUAAGUUUAAGUCCAAUUUUUGUAGUGUACAAAGCAUUUCAUUCUUUUGCUUUUCUCUAAGCAGUCAUGACAGAAACUCAAAUCUGGUACAAACUCACUUGAAGCAAUAAACUAAAUAUAGCUAUUUAAAUUAAAAGUCAAUUCAGCAUGUAAUAUAUAGUUCAUACAGGAUUUGAGUGUUGGAUUUAGUAUCCAAAUGGGAAUUGUAAGAAUAUGUAAAACACUGUUUCUGUUUCUAUAGUAUAAUGUACAAGAUGAGAACUAAAACAUAAAAUAUAAAGCUUAUCAAAUAAUAAAGGAUUAUAUUUGAAGUAAAAUGUGUUUAUCACAGAAUGUGACUAAAUGUCAGUCCUCUGAGACAUUGGGCACUGCUACAAAUAACUGAUAAAUUAAAAAAAUUGUGGACUCUGGUAAAGGCAUCCAGCCCAAGUCUUUGAAUCUAAAUUUUUAAGUAAGUUUUUCAGACUAGUAAGCAAGAAUUAGUCCCAUCUGUCUGCUAGCUCCCUUAAAAACAUCCUUAGAGCUACUUUACAACCUUGGUACUAUUUAUAAUCCAUGGCUAUCUAAUCUUUUGGGGGUUUGCAUGUUUGUUUUGUGAUCACACCCUGCAGUGUUCAGGGUUUAUUCCUGGUUCUGUACCCAGGAAUUACUUCUGGCUGUGCUCGGGAACUUAAUGGGAUGCUGGGGAUAGAACCGCGUUGGCCAUGUGCAAGGCAAACAUCCUACCUGCUAUACUACCCUUUGCUCCAGCCCCAGAGGUUUUUUAUUCUUGAUGAACCCACAACCUAAAUAAGCAAAAAAAAAAAAACACACACAAUUGAGGUUCCAACUUUUACAUUUGCUUCUAUGCUUUAUAUCUGUUAAUCUCCUAGCCACUCUUAAAGAUGAAAGGUAUUAUUAUUCCCUUGGACUCCCUUAUACUUAAGUUAUUCUCAAUUAUAGGAGUAGAAGUUUUAUUUAGCAACUGUAAAGACUAUUUUGAAGGAGAUUUUUUUUAAAAAAAUGAAGUAGGAAUAUAUGGUAUUUAAAGAACUUACUUCAAUUUAAAACAUGUAGAAAUGAGGCAGAGGGUGUGACUCAGCUGUAGAACACUAUUUUGCAUGUGUUUGGCCCUGAAUUUGAUCCCCAUCACCACCCAAGAACAAUAACAGAGCAUUUAGAAGUGAAAGACCUAAUAGAAGUAUAUAUUUUAUCUAACCAUAUCCCUAACUAAAAGAUUCUGGCAGAAUGUCCUCCUGUGUCAUAUCACUGAACUGCACAGUUCCUUAGGAUAUUUCCUGGUGAUUCAGGUUAUUAUUUUAAACACAAGUGGAAGGUAGAACUUUGUUUUAAUGAUUUUUUUGCUAUGAUAACUUAGGUCUAAGAGUAAAGAACACAAUUUGCAUAUUGUGAUCACUGAGUUUGAACUCCUCAGUUUCCUGAUCCUCUUUCCUGAGAAAAAUGAUUCAUUGUGUGGUUACGUUUUAAUGAUAUUAUAGAUCUAAGUCAUGGGAGAUCAGAAAUACAAAAAAAGCAGAAAAUUCCAGUACACUUUUUCAAAUACAGUAGAGAUGAAUUUGAACAAUGGCAUUUUAUAAACUUAUUUCUUUCAUAUCAAGCGUAGAAGUUUUCCAGCUCCAACAGCUUCAUGUGACUGGAAAUUAAUCACUUUGUAGGGACUCAUUCUUGUCUACCCUCACUAAAAAAGCGCAGAGUGAGUUAGCAGCUGGGUAUGAGGCUAAAUCUGAGGAUGAAUAUGGUACCAAGAAACAGAAUUAAGUUUUGUCUCAUGUUUUGAACAUGUCUCUUGCGUCAGUUCCAUGUUUUUGAGACUGACCUGAAAAUAGGAAAGUGAGCCUUCUGCCCAAUUUCUGCUCAUGAAAUUCUCCUUCCCUCCUUUAGGCCCUGGGCAGACAGGCCAAAUAUAGGGUAUUGGCACUGUUUGUGACCUGUGGCAACUCAAAAAAAAAAAAAAAAGCUUUCUCCUUUAUUGUGUGCAAGGGAAAACUCAGAUGGGCAGCACGGUGAUUCUCAGCUGACCUCUCUAUGUCUGUCUAGUGUGUAGUUUCCUUGGGAAGUUAAAAAUUCCCUCAGCAAAUGAGAUGACAAGAUAUUCUGGCUGGGACAUGGGAAGGAUUAAGUGAAGGCACACUCAAGUUGCUUAGCUCAAUCUGGUAUUCAAUAGGUACAGAGCAAAAAUCACAGCUUGCCAUGGCCCUGGAUGAUCAACCUUUGUCUGCAUUUUGUGUGACAAUCUAGACAUGAGAAGUGACUUUACAGUGACAGCUACAGGUAAUUUGACUCAGUGUUGAAUGUAAUGUGCAUUAGACUUCUACCCAUUUACCACUACGUCUGUCUGAUGAGAUCUAACUCUGAAACUCAGAUCCCUUUUCUAUGUGUUUUAAAAAAAAAAAGGGCUUAGAGGAUAACUUCUCUGUUGUUCGAAUCACAACCUGCAACGUGUAUCCUCUCUUGCUCUUUUAUCCUCCUUAACGUAUUCUGAAUAAAACAAUUUUACUUGUUUUUUUUUUUUAAAAAAAAAGGUCUUAAAGGAUUACACGAUUAAAACCCAGAAGCAAAGCAGGAGUUUUCUUCUUCCUUUUUACUGACUUGCCUACAAUAUCAAAACAAGUAUUUGCAAACUUGGCAGCUAAAAAACUUUGAAUUGGGGCUGGAGAGAUAGCACAGCGGGUAGGGCAUUUGCCUUGCACGCGGCCGACCCGGGUUCAAAUCCCAGCAUCCCAUAUGGUCCCCUGAGCACAGCCAGGGGUAAUUCCUGAGUGCAGAGCCAGGAGUGACCCUGUGCAUCGCCAAGUGUGACCCAAAAAAAAAAAAACUUUGAAUCUCCCUUAAAUUUUUUUCUACAUGUUUAACAAUGUGCUAAAUAAAUGCAGAUAUAUAUUUUAUUUGAUCUGUAAAAUAAUCUAAAUAGAAAAGUUAUACCUGCUGUAUGAAAACAGUGGAAAUAGCCUGUGAGUUUUCUAAUGGUGUUUGUUCACAUCCCCUCUCAAAAGGAGGCAGGUCUGUGUCAAGGUUGCAACCUCUACCACUGAGCUGGGAAAGCUCUAGCAGUUUCUCAGGUGUCUCAGAUGUGAAGAAAGGCUGGCUGUGUGCCGGAAGCGUAAUGCUAGCAGGGCUAGCAAAACUACAUCAUGUUAGCACAGAAUAAUUUUGUGACUUAUGUGUCAUGGCUUCAAUAAGUUAGAAGCUCCAGAAUCAUUUUCCUUGAUUAUUUGUGUAAAACAGAAAUAGAUAACUAGAUUGUGAAGUAAAUAAAGAUUCUGUUUAUAGACAUGUAGCAUCAUUUCUGUAUAUAGGAAUAUUGGGAGAAACUAGUGUUACCCAAUGAAUCUUACAUUUUAAGACUCUUCAAAGGUGGUCCGUGCCCAGGAAUCCAGGAAGAAUGGUGACAUGUCAUCUGAGUAAUGCUGCUGUAACACAGGACUGGAUCUUAGGCAUUUGGGAAUCUACCCUUCAAAGCCGGCUAUUUCUCAAUGCAAAUACAUACAUGAAGAGGAAUGAAUCUUCAAGCAAAAUAACUGGUUUAACAAACAAAAACUCUUGCUCCUUUAAAAAAAAUCACUUGAAACCAAAAUGUGAUUUAAGAGCAUGAAAUGCCUUAGGAGUCCAGAGCAUACAACCAAGUGAUCACACGUAGGAUUUUCAGCAUUCUGAAGGCAAGUUGGAAUCAUCCAGUUCUGCUAACCUGUAGAUACACAUUUUCUCUUAUGAGUGAACUGUACAUUUAAAUAAAAGUUUAUUUUUGAGAUCACUGU